ACCUUUGUGAAGAAUGUGGUGUUUAUUGCCUACUAUGACCUUUGAAAGGGUACAAAGAGAAUCUCUCCUUUCCCAAGAAGUUGGUAGCUUAAGUGCCAUGACUACGGCAUCUAAGAGACGUUUGUUUAAAGACACACCUCAAGCCAAGCUUUGGUGACGCAACAUUUUUGAGCUUCUAGACUCAGGAAAAAUGAGGAGUCCAUUCCAAUAUGCCAGCCUGGUUCUUAUCAUCUCUGGAAUACUGAGCAUAUUCUCUGGGAUUUUCGCUUUCUUCCCAGUAUUUUCCUACAAGAUUUGGUUCACUGGAUGGAGUGCCCGGAUCGCUUGUCCCAUCUGGAAUGGAGCUUUGGUAGUUAUUGUUGGCAUUCUUGUCCUCUUGGCUCACAGAAAGCAGACACAAAGAUCUCUGGUAAAUUUACAGUGGGAAGCUAGUUUCACCUUUGCCAUCUUGAGUGUCAUCGGAUGCCCGCUUCAAAUGGCAAUUGCUAUACAAUCCGCCCUUCUGGGGCCAUAUUGCUACUACUCAUUCUCAGGAAUUGCUGGAACCAAUUAUCUGGGUUAUGCAGUGAUGUUUCCUUUUCCUUAUGUGAGAUACCCAUCAAUAUGUGUGGAUCCACCCCACUAUGAAGAGUACCACCUGCUUCUACAAACCCUUGACCUGGCUUUUGGUUUGGCCAUGCUCUGUGCAUCUCUGGUUGUGUUGGUCAAGCUUUCCUUGAGGCUCUUCCAGUCUGGAGAGUUAAAUAUUUGAACUCAGGAAGAUGAGUCUUCUUGAUUCCGAGCCCAGCGCUUUGUCCCCUGUGGCACCACCUGGCUGGGAAUAUGAAGACAAAACAACAGCUACUACAGCCAGGAGUUCCAACUUUCCAUGAGCUGACUUUCUACUGUGUGAAAACCAGUAACAAAGUUAAUAAAUAUAAGAUAUGUAAGAACUUAUCUGGAAGAGGAGAGAGUGCUAAUCCUUGGGGGGAGGGGGCUCCAAAGAAUGUUUCUGUAUAGGACAAGGCUCUAAACUGGGCUUCAAAGGAAGUCAGGCAUUGAUUCUAAGAGGAAAUGAAUUUUAGGUGGGAGGACUCACUGUGCAAAAGCCUGGAGGUGGGAGAUUGAAUUUUCUGUGUGCUUUGGAAUAGAGAGUAUUGGAAAGGGAGUAGUAAGAAAGAACAUUGGGAAGGUAGACAGGAGACAGGAUGUGGAGAGCUAGAAAAAUGCCACACUGGAAAGGCAGUGUGACAUGGUGGAUAGGGCAUUGAAUUUGGAGUCAUGACCCCAAAUUCUACCUCAAGAAACUGACCAGCUGUGUGGUCCUGGGCCCAUCAUUUAACCUCUUGGAGAGUCCAUCGAUCCACCAGCUCAAAAUCUAUGAUUGUAUUUUAUUAGAGGCACUGUAAAGUGUUGAGCUGAGAAAUUGUUUCUUUUCUAUAAAAGAUGCAGAUAGCACCUUUGAAUUCUGUCCAGAAAUGAUGUUCUCCAGUCUUGUGAUUUUAUUGGUGGAGGGAAUGACAGUGUGAAAGCUCCCUCAACUGAUGCUCAGAGCUGGGCUUUAGGAAUACUAAUUUGACAGCCAAGUGGAAGAUGGCCUGGAGGCAAGAAGACUAAUUAGGAGGCUAUUGCAAUAGUGAAGAUUAAAGAGGAUGAGGGCCUCAACAAUGAUCAAGACCAUUGGGGUUGAAAGAACAGGGUAGAUUUUACAGGUGUUGUGGAGGAAGGAAGAUUUGGUAAAACUUGGCAAUUGAUUACAUAUGGGCAGGGGAGACGAUGAGACAGAGACAGAGACAGAGAGGGAAGGAGACAGAGUGAAAAAGAGAGAGAAGAACAUAUGGUCCAAGGUGGUGAAUCCGGGUGACUAAAAGGAUGGUUAUAGGUAGAAAGUACUCAUCAUAUUACACAAUAAUCAUCUGACCUUCCAUUAGGGCUAUAUGGACUUUAUGUACUUAUUUAUU